AGAUAUUCAUGUUUAUGUUCGGCGCAGUUUGCGAGAUGUUUUCAGGAAGGUCCCUACGUUUGUUCUGGAAGUAAAGGUUGGUUUAUUACACGGUGUGAUGUCAGAUAAAGAAUAUAAUGUCAUUCUUGAUUGUUUCUACAUGAAUUUCUCUGAGAACCCAACACUUCCACCUAGUUUCCGCAGCAGCACAUCUGCUUCAAAAGAUACAAUAAAAAUGCUGGCUGAUAAAGUGAACGUGAACAGUCAAAUACUCCUAUCACGAACGGUUACCAUAAUGGCUGUGGAAGUGGGCUAUGCCUUGCUGGAGUUGUGGAACGACACUCAUGCGGGGUCAUGCUUGGCUCAUGUUGCGCUUGAAGGUCUUUGGGUGUCGUACCGAAUGACAUCAUUAUGUGAGGCGGACCUUUACAUAACUAUCCCAAAGUUCUCUGUUUUAGAUAUUCGCCCAGAUACAAAGCCUGAAAUGAGGCUGAUGCUUGGGUCGUGCAUUGAUGCUCAUUCACAGAACUCUCCUGAAACUGAUGUUGGAUUUCCAACUUCAACAAUGUUUGUGAUGGACUGCAGAUGGAGAUUGUCAUCUCAAUCAUUUGUUCUUCGGAUACAGCAGCCUCGCAUUCUUGUUGUACCAGACUUUCUACUAUCUGUUUGUGAGUAUUUUGUGCCAUCUUUGGGAGCGCUAACUGGUAGAGAGGAGAUCAUGGAUCCCAAGAAUGAUCCUAUUAGCAAAAACAACAGCAUAAUACUCUCUGCUCCUCUUUACGAGCAGAAAGAGGAUCUAGUAUUAUUAUCUCCCAAUAGACAGCUAGUUGCGGAUGCUGUAGGGAUUGAUGAGUACACGUAUGAUGGUUGUGGAAAAACACUACGCCUGACCGAUAAGGUGGAAGUGAAAGGGAUCCAUUCAUCAGGAAUUCAACAUAUCAUCAUUAUUGGACGUGGCAAGAGGCUGAGAUUUGUCAAUGUGAAAAUUGAGAAUGGUUUGCUUUUAAGGAGAUAUACUUACCUGAGCAACGAAAGCAGCUAUUUGGUCUGCCAAGAGGAUGGUGUGGACGUAAUGUUUUCUGACAGUAAUUCUGACAAUGAUGAAAAUGGUAUGAAGUCCAUGGAAGAAUUGUUAUAUAAUUCAGAUGCUUCCGAUUUUGACCCUAAUGGAUCUAGUAAAAUACAAAGCUUCAGUUUCGAGGCUCAGGUUGUCUCUCCUGAAUUCACAUUUUAUGAUAGUAGUAAAUCAUCUUUGGAUGACUUUGCUCAUUGUGAGAAGCUCCUCCGGGCGAAAAUGGACCUUAACUUCAUGUAUGCAGCUAAAGAAAGUGAUACAUGGAUCCGGGGACUUGUAAAGGAUUUAACUGUUGAGGCUGGCUCUGGUCUUAUUAUUAUUGACCCAGUUGAUAUAUCUGGAGGAUAUACUUCUGUGAAGGAUAAAACGAACAUAUCAUUAUUGUCAACGGAUAUAUGUGCCCACCUAUCUCUUGGUGUUGUCUCCCUUUUACUCAAUUUGCAGAGUCAGGCAACCACUGCUUUACAUUUUGGGAGUGCUGAUCCCCUGUUGCCUUGUACUCAGUUUGACAGAAUUUGGGUUUGUCCCAAAGAGCAUGGGCGUCUUAACAACCUUACAUUCUGGAGGCCCAGAGCACCGUCGAACUAUGUUAUUCUGGGAGAUUGUGUCACAUCAAGACCAAAUCCUCCAUCACAAGCUGUUGUCGCUGUGAGCAAUACAUAUGGGCGUGUUAGGAAGCCCCUUGGUUUCAGGCUGAUAGGUUUAUUUUCUGAUAUUCAAGGAUCUGAGAAGGUACAAGAUGCUGAUGAUUGUUCUCUUUGGCUGCCUAUUGCACCGCCUGGAUAUGUCACAAUGGGUUGUGUUGCUCAUAUAGGAGCACAACCACCUCCUAAUCACAUAGUUCAUUGCAUACGUUCUGAUUUGGUAACAUCAAUGAUGCUUUUGGAAUGUAUCUUUAGCGUUGCUGCUAAUACUGCAUUCACAUCAGGUUUCGGUAUUUGGCGUUUGGAUAAUGCUCUUGGGUCAUUCUAUGCCCAUCCAUCUAGUAGUCAUCCUCAUAAAAGCUGUUGUUUUGAUCUGAAUAAUCUUCUUCUUCUGAGCUCAAGUUGGUAUAAUUCUUCCUUAAAAGUACCUACUGUAGAUUUAACUAGGGAGAGCGAGCACCUGCAUCUCCAGACAAGUAAACAGAGUGCAACUUCAUCAGGAUGGGACAUUAUCAGAUCAAUUUCUAAAGCGACCUCUUGUUAUAUUUCAACUCCAAACUUUGAGCGGAUCUGGUGGGACAGGGGUAGUGAUCUUCGCCCUGCAGUCUCUAUAUGGAGACCUAUAAGACGUCCUUGUUAUGCAGUACUGGGUGACUGUAUUACCGAAGGCUUAGAACCACCUCCCCUUGGUAUAAUCUUUAAGGCUGACAACCCUGAACUUUCUGCAAAGCCUGUGCAAUUUACAAAAGUUGCUCAUAUUGCGGGCAAGGGACUGGAGGAAGCUUUCUUCUGGUACCCGGUUGCUCCUCCUGGUUAUGCUGCUUUGGGUUGUGUAGUGACACGUAGCAAUGAAGCACCUGAUCUGGAUUAUUUUUGCUGCCCAAGGAUGGAUCUUGUUAGUCAAGCUAAUGUUCUUGAGAUGCCCAUUUCAAGAUCUUCAGGCUCCAGAGCUUCUCAGUGCUGGAGCAUUUGGAAAGUUGACAAUCAGGCUUGCACGUUCCUUGCACGCUCUGAUCUGAAAAAACCUUCCAGUAGAUUGGCAUUUACUCUUGGUGAUUCAGUGAAGCCAAAGACAAGGGACAACAUAACAGCUGACAUGAAAAUCAGAUGCUUUUCUGUGACUCUAUUGGACAGCUUAUGCGGAAUGGUAACACCUCUUUUUGAUGCAACAAUUACUAAUAUUAAGCUUGCAACACAUGGGCGACUAGAGGCAAUGAAUGCUGUUCUCAUUUCUUCAAUGGCUGCUUCCACCUUCAACACGCAAUUAGAAGCGUGGGAGCCACUUGUUGAGCCUUUUGAUGGAAUAUUUAAGUUUGAGACUUAUGAGACCAAUUUACAUCCGCCUUCAAGAGUUGGUACAAGGGUAAGAGUUGCUGCAACCAGCAUUUUGAACAUAAAUCUGAGUGCAGCAAAUCUUGAUGUAUUGGGGCAAGCUGUCGAGUCAUGGCGAAAGCAGAGAGAACUGGAAAAGAAAGCAAUUAAGAUUAAGGAAGCUCGUUCUGGGAAUGCACAUCAAGAUAAUACUAGUUUUGUGGCACUGGAUGACGACGAUUUUCGGACGGUGGUGGUCGAAAAUAAACUUGGGUGUGACAUGUACCUGAAAAAAGUUGAGCAAAACUCAGACGUAUUUGAGUUACUACCUCCUGAUAAUUCUGUUUCUGUAUGGAUUCCACCUACAAGGCAUUCUGACAGAUUAAAUGUUGCCAAUGAGUCAAGGGAACCUCGACGUUAUGCUGCUGUGCAGAUAGUUGAAGCCAAGGGUCUGCCUGUCAAUGAUGACGGCAAUAGCCAUAACUUCUUCUGCGCUUUGCGCUUGGUUGUGGAGAAUCAGGAUUCAAAUCAACAAAAGCUUUUUCCUCAGAGUGCAAGGACGAAAUGUGUGAAGCCACUAAUUACUAGAAAAAAUAACGUGGAUGAAGGCACCACUAAAUGGAAUGAACUCUUCAUAUUUGAAGUUCCUUUGAAGGGGCUGGCAAAGCUGGAAGUGGAGGUGACAAACCUUUCUGCAAAGGCCGGAAAAGGUGAGGUUGUUGGCGCAUCGUCCUUUUCCGUUGCACAUGGUCCAAGUAUUCUAAAGAAGGUUGCUUCACUCAGAAUGCUGCAUCAAGUGUCUGACGUUGAAAACUUUGGAUGUUAUCCUCUAAGAAGAAGGUAUGAUUUCCAGGGCCAACUUAACAGUAAUGAGACAAAUUCUUGUGGCUGCCUUUUUGUCUCAACGUCUUACUUUGAGAAGAAAAUAGUAUUAAACUUCGAAAAUGAUGAGGGAGAAAAGAGUGGUGCUAGUGAUACAGGGUUUUGGGUAGGACUUACACCUAAAGGUCCAUGGGAGAGCAUCCGCUCCUUCCUACCGCUAUCAGUGGUCACCAAAACAUUGGGAGAUGAUUUUGUGGCUUUAGAGGUUGUCACCAAAAAUGGAAAAAAGCACAUAAUUUUUCGGGCACUUGCUACAGUUACGAAUGAUUCAGAUAUCACAUUGGAUAUUUCGCCAUGUCACGAGUCCAUGAUUCAUACUCAGGAUCUAUCUUCAGAAGGUAGAAAUUAUAGCAUAUUUGUUGAGGAGAUUUUUGAGAAUCAACGCAAUCAUCCAGUUUCUGGUGGAAAUGACCCAGGGCGGUGGAGCACUAGGGAUUAUGCCUAUUCCUCAAAUGACUUUUUUGAACCUACCCUGCCUCCUGGAUGGAAAUGGAUAUCGUCUUGGACGGUUGACAAAUCUCAGUUUGUUGACAUUGAUGGAUGGGCAUAUGGACCUGAUUUUCAAACCUUGAAGUGGCCACCAAAUUCUUCCAAGUGUAGCACAAAGUCGGCUCACAAUACUGUUCGUCGAAGACGUUGGACUCGUACAAGGCAGCAAGUUAAGGAGAGGGGUGCAAAUAACACAGAUCACAUUGUUACUAGUCCUGGUUCUUCGGCUAUCUUACCUUGGAGAUGCAUGUCCAAGGACUCUAACCACUGUUUACAAGUUCGUCCACCUUGGUUAUUCUCAGANCGCCUUGAUUAUUCUCAGACUCCUUAUUCGUGGGGUCAUCCUAUUGCUGUGGGCUCUGUCUUUGGCUUGGGUAAGGACCAAACAUCUAUCGAAAGCAGUGCACUUUCUCGACAAAAUACUGUAAGGCAGGGAAACAAAAUACCUAUUUCUGCAUUGAAGCUAAACCAGCUUGAGAAAAUGGAUCUACUUUUAUGUUGUCCUGGUGGCAGUGGUAAACAGCUUUGGCUCUGUGUUGGUACAGAUGCCUCUGUUCUUCACACAGAGCUAAAUGCCCCAGUUUAUGAUUGGAAACUAUCAAUUAGUUCUCCCUUGAAAUUGGAGAAUCGGCUUCCUUGUGGAGCUGACUUCACGAUCUGGGAAAAACUGAAAGAUGGCAACACUGUAGAGCGACAUCGGGGUUUUAUGUCAUCCCGGGAGACCGUGCACAUAUAUUCUGCGGAUGUGCGCAAUCCUAUAUAUCUGAUGUUAUUUGUUCAAGGUGGUUGGGUUAUGGAAAAGGACCCCGUACUCAUCUUGGAUCUUACGAGUAACAAUCAUGCUUCUUCAUUUUCUAUGGUUCACCAACAAAGAAAAAGGAGGUUGCGGAUUAGUGUUGAACGUGACAUAGGAGGAACUACUGCUGCUCCUAAAACCAUACGGUUCUUUGUUCCAUAUUGGAUUAGCAAUGACUCAUUCUUGUUUUUGGCUUAUCAAGUUGUGGAAAUUGAGCCAUUGGAAAGCUCAGAUGUAGAUUCACUUUCACUUUCCAGAGCUGUUAAAUCAGCUAAACUAGCAUUGAAAACUCCCCCUACUUCAGUGCUCAGUAGACAGAUAGGUGCAAGGAAAAACAUUCAAGUACUUGAAGUUAUUGAAGAUUCCAGUCCAACACCCAGCAUGCUUUCUCCACAACACUAUGUUGGCCGCGGUGGUGUCAUGUUGUUUUCAUCGCGUAAUGAUGCCUAUCUUUCAUCACGGGUUGGCAUUGCUGUGGCUCUUCAAAAUUCUGAGAAUUUCAGUUCUGGGAUAUCUCUUCUUGAGCUGGAAAAGAAGCAACGUGUUGACGUCAAGGCCUUUGGUGCGGAUGGAUUUUAUUACAAGCUUGCGGUGGUACUGCGCAUGACUUCAGACAGAACAAAGGUCGUCCAUUUUCAACCACAUAGCUUAUUUAUCAAUAGGGUUGGAUGUAGUGUGUGCCUGCGUCAGUGUGAUUCUCAGUCAGUGGAAUGGAUUCAUCCUUCAGAUCCUCCAAAACAUUUUUCAUGGCAGUCUACUAAAGUGGAACUUUUAAAGUUGCGGCUUGAUGGAUAUGAUUGGAGUGCACCAUUUAGUGUUGAUAGUGAAGGUGUUAUGUGUAUUUGCUUGAAAGAUCAGAUCACUGAUAACCUAAUGCAUCUCAAGGUUGAAGUGAGGAGCGGAACAAAAAGUUCACGCUAUGAAGUCAUACUUCGUCCCAAUUCUUUCACCAGUCCUUACAGGGUCGAAAACCGCUCAUUGUUUUUACCUAUACGUUUCCGGCAAGUGGAUGGUGCUAAUAAUUCAUGGAAAUUUCUUCCUCCCAAUGCCUCAGCUUCCUUUUCUUGGGAAGAUCUUGGUCGAAGACGAUUGUUGGAGGUCUUGAUUGAUGGAUCUGAUCCUGCAGCAUCACUGAUUUAUAAUAUUGAUGAGAUAUGUGAUCAUCAGCCCAUCCAUGUCUCUGGAGGACCUGAGAAAGCUUUACAUGUCAUUAUCCAAAAAGAAGAGAAAGUUAAUGUAGUCAAAAUCAGUGAUUGGAUGCCUGAAAGUGCAACCUACGCUAUUUUGAAUAGAAAUCCUUCUUUAUUACCCUCUUCUGGAACUAGUUCUGUGUCUCAGCAAACACUUUCUAACACAGAGAGUGAAUUCCAUUUCAUUGUUGAGGUCGCAGAGCUUGGAUUAUCAGUUAUUGAUCAUACACCAGAAGAGAUAUUAUAUCUGUCAGUCCAGAAUCUUGUGCUCUCAUAUUCAACAGGAUUGGGGUCUGGAGUCAGCCGGUUAAAAGUAAGAAUGAGGGGUAUUCAAGUGGACAAUCAAUUGCCUUUAACUCCAACCCCAGUACUCUUCAGGCCGCAGAGAGUUGGACAAGAGAACGAUUAUGUUUUGAAAUUUUCACUGACGCAGCAAUCUAAUGGAUCAUUAGAUCUAUGUGUAUAUCCAUACAUAGGUUUCCAAGGACCUGAAAAUUCUGCCUUUCUAAUUAAGAUUCAUGAGCCAAUAAUUUGGCGACUGCAUGGGAUGAUUCAGCAAACCAAUCUAAGUCGAUUGUACAAUACAGAAACUACUUCAGUCUCUGUUGAUCCCAUAAUACAGAUUGGUGUUCUCAACAUAUCCGAGGUCCGCCUGAAGGUUUCUAUGAUCAUGUCCCCAACACAAAGGCCAGUGGGUGUUCUAGGGUUUUGGGCUAGUCUGAUGACUGCGCUUGGAAACACUGAAAAUAUGACUGUCCGGAUAAACCAAAGAUUUGUGGAAAAUGUAUGCAUGAGGCAUAGUGUUAUGAUUGGUAGUGCUAUCGCGAACAUUAAGAAGGAUCUUCUUAGCCAACCUCUCCAGCUACUGUCUGGUCUUGAUAUAUUAGGCAAUGCCAGUAGCGCACUUGGACACAUGAGUAAAGGUGUUGCUGCGUUAUCAAUGGAUAAGAAAUUUAUUCAAAGCCGACAGAAACAGGAGAGCAAAGGUGUGGAGGACUUUGGUGAUGUUAUUAGAGAAGGUGGAGGAGCAUUUGCAAAGGGUCUCUUUCGAGGUGUCACUGGAAUUUUAACCAAACCCUUGGAAGGUGCCAAAGCUUCAGGAGUUGAGGGUUUCGUACAGGGUGUGGGGAAAGGGUUAAUUGGUGCUGCUGCUCAACCUGUUAGUGGUGUCUUGGAUCUUUUGUCAAAAACAACUGAAGGUGCCAAUGCUAUGAGAAUGAAAAUAGCAUCUGCUAUUGCUUCUGAAGAUCAACUCCUUCGAAGGAGGCUGCCUCGAGUGAUAAGUGGUGAUAAUCUUGUUCGACCCUAUGAUGAGUUUAAAUCACAAGGACAGGCAAUCUUGCAACUAGCAGAAUCUGGAUCAUUUUUUGGCCAGGUUGACCUUUUUAAAGUACGUGCGAAGUUUGCCUUGACCGAUGCCUAUGAAGACCAUUUCAUGCUACCUAAAGGAAGGAUAAUUCUUGUUACUCACCGGAGGGUUAUUCUGUUGCAACAACCUUCAAAUCUUAUUGCACAAAAGAAGUUUAAUCCGGCUAGAGAUCCAUGUUCAGUUUUAUGGGAUGUCCUGUUGGAAGACCUGGUGACUAUGGAAUUGACUCAUGGAAAAAAAGAUCUUCCAAAUGGUCCCCCUUCACGGCUUAUAAUGUAUCUACAAAGUCGUUCUCUGGAGGGAAAGGACCAGGUUCGUGUCAUAAAGUGUCAUCGUGAAUCUAAUCAAGCAUUUGAAGUUUAUUCUUCUAUCGAGCAAGCAAGAAAUGUUUAUGGACAAAGUCAAUCAAAGGCAUUGGUUAAAACAAAAAUGACUAGACCAUAUUCUCCUAUCGCUGAUGUGGCCAGCGCUGAAGGAAUUUGCACCUGGUCUCCUCAACAGAUGCCUGCUUCGACUUUUGGAAGCAGUGAGCAAUGAAGGAAUAAACAACGAUGGUAGCAAAAAAGUGAAGGAUGUUAUCACCAACUAAUAUCAUUUCAAGUUAGCUAUAGUUUUCCAUGGCUAAAAUAGCACAACACCCGCAAGGUACGAGUGGCAAUAAGCAGGACUAGUCAAUUUGCAUCUUCACAUUAGAAAUGCUUGUAUAUAUGUGUAUCCGCCUAUCUGGUAGAUGCGCUAGAAAGUUUUUAGGAGCAGAUGAAACCCUGGAAACUUGUACAGCUUCUUGCGUCCCUUUUAUACCUGUACUAUAAGUAGGUAGGUAGGUGGUGGCCUAAAAUCCCAUAAGCCAAAAAACACAUACAAGUAAGCUUCACCAUGUUGUCAUUGCUUAGAAACUGUACAGCUUGUGAUUUACCUUAUAUAUCUCCAUUAGUCCUAAUAUUUCCUUAGAUAUACGUCGCCUACAUAUUAAGUCAAACCUGAGUUACGAAGGGAAUUUUUUUUGUAGCAAUUCCCUUGAUGUUGUUGACCAACUUCUCAGCAGUUGCAAGUGAAUUUCAUUUAUUGUUUGCUAUUUUCCUGCUGCGUAUGUUCUCCCUUGAAAAGGUCAAAUGUUUCUGUUUG